CAUGGCUUCAGGAGCUGCUGGAUCGGGAAGCUAGGAGCAGACAUUUGGGGGGAACGCUUACAACUGCAACGUUAAGAGCACUGACUGCAUAAGUGGCUCGAAGGCUGCACUGCAACAAUGCCGGAGUCCUCCUCGGAAGUCAUGGACAUUCGCAGCAGCUCCGUUGAAUAUAGACCAUCUCCCUUGAGACAGUUUAGCCAAUCAUCGCUGCCACUGCACAGAGACUACAUGCUCAGUGACUUCUGCACCGAGCACAAUGUGCAGGAAUGUCUAUCUCACAUCAAUCAGGAGGUGUCGUCUCUUGGCCUCCCACCACUUUGGACGGAGGCGAGCGGUAGCUCAGAGAUGAAGGUCGUCCCUGUGCUAAACUGCAUGUAUGACCUGAUUCAGUUGCACCACAGGGGCCUCCGGACCUUGGAAAACAUGGAGGUGGAGCAGCUUAAGACCAGCAGUAAUGUGGACUUCUUGCAGCUAUCCAGCACCCAUCUAAAGGAGCAGCUCGAACUGUCCAAAAGAGAAAACACAGGACUCCUUGAGAGAGAACGGCAGCUGCAGCUGAAAGUGAAGACUUUGCAAAACAGCCUAAAAACUGAAAAAGAAGAGGUGCAAAAACUUCAAAACAUAAUUGCAAGCCGAGCCAGCCAGUACAACCAUGAGAUGAAAAGGAAGGAGAGAGAAUUCAACAAACUGAAGGAGCGCUUGAAUCAACUUCUGGCUGACAAAAAGGAGAAGAAACAAGCCAUUGAUGUAUUAAACAGCAUUGGAAGAGCUGAUGGGAAGAGAAGCCUUUGGAAAACUGUAAAGACAGAAGCCAAGCAUGAGGGGGAGAUGUAUAAGACUCUGCUGAGCAACUAUGACACCAGACAAAGGGAGCUGCUACUGGAAAAUGCAGAGUUGAAGAAAGUGUUGCAGCAAAUGAAAAAAGACAUGGUGUCCAUUCUGAGUUCAAGAAAAACAGCUCUGAGAGGGGACAAACAUCAAGAUGCCGGCAAACAGGUUGAUGCAGAGGAGGAAGAGGAAGUGUUUGAUUCCAGUAAAGAAAGUGUAGAGCUAUACUGUGAUCAAGCCCGGGAAAAGCUGACCAACAGUAUUCGCCUCCAGUGGAGGAGACUUAAGAGCCACGUUGAAAGAUUGGACAGCCAAGCAUCUUUAGCUCAGAUGGGCGAGAACACAAACUCUGAUGCUGUUGCCCGAGAGACUCAUGAGGACGAGAUGGACAGACUGAAGCUGGAGAUCCAGCAGUGCAAAGACUUAAUUCAAACACAACAGCAUCUCCUGCAGCAGCAGUUGAGCUCUCCGUGUGACGAUGAGACGGCCUCCCUGCUGAGCGACUGCUUCAUGCUACAGGAGAAAGAGCGCUUCAGAGAGGAGUGGAAGACCCUUGAGGAACAAAGAAAGAUAUUUGAGAGAGAAAGGAGGAACUUCACUGAAGCAGCUAUAAGACUUAGCCAUGAGAGAAAGGACUUUGAGGACGACCGGGCACUGUGGCUCAAACACCAGUUUUUAAGCUUGAGUCCAUUUGCUGACUCAAAGAAACCCCAGAUGUCAAAAUCUAAGAGUGCCUUUUCAAUUUCUAAAACAGAGGUGAGUGCAGAGACGGAUCCAGAAAAGCUAAUCAAAUGCAGGUCUGGCGCAACCUCCCCCAUACCCAGAUGUGUCCAACUCACACCCCCGCCAACAGACGACUUGCAUCGGACACUUUGCCUUAUGCCGGACAACAGAUCAACCAAACCAAAGAGAAAGGUUGAGCACGUUGAAGAAUCACAAAUCUCUUUUAAUGGAAAUAUCCCAGUUCAGUGCAAACAGUGGAACGACAGUGAAGACCAGUACAGCCAUUUACUCCCAAAGGAAAAGACCAGCUCUAUAUGAAGCCAGACACUUUGAAUAUUGUUCAUGUCCAUUGAUUGUGGUUAGUUUGUGGUAUUUUAAAAAUAAACCUGAACUGUAAGGCCAAACACUUGAAGAAAGACGGUAAAAAGGAACAAUAUCUGAAAAAUAGCCGUUAAUGGUUGUAGCCAAACAAGAGUUCUGGUUAGCUGCUGGUGUUCAGUGUGACUGAUUUUUGACUAUUCUGACUAUUUUGAUGUUGUAGUUUUUUACAUUUGUGACAUAUGUAUUUAUUGUUUGGCUGUUAUAUCUAGAAUCUAAGUCUGAGACAAGUAUUAUUUUCCAAAACAUAAUUUGUCCCUGUAUUGUGAUUUGCUUGGUCUAUGUUAAUGGUUGCUGUUGCGCCUUAACUAACCUACAUGUUGCUCCCACAACUUUGACAUAUUUGUUCUUAUCAUGUUUAACUUAUUACCUGGCACACAUUUUUUGAAUUUAGAGUAUAUAAUGCUGCUCUUUUACUGAACGCAAUAAGAAGUAUUUUUCUAUAGUUUGAUAUAGAAAUGUGAUAAACUUCAGAUAAAUAACUAAAUGCAUUAUAUUGACAUCAGGAAUCUUAUAGGACAAUAUAAAUUAUUCUCACAAUUGAA